UGCGUACAAAAAAAUUGCCAUCAAAUACUAUACAUCUUUUGCUAAAAUUAAAAUUCGAGUAGGAGUUUUGGCAUGCAUGUUGAAGCUGCUGAGGUGACUCGCCUAGUGUUGUCGGCCCCGCCCCGCCGCUGACCCCGGGACAUGAUUCCAGGCAAAUCCUCUUCCAAGCGCGCCUCCAGGCUCACUAACUCCAGAGACCCACUCAUCUGCGCCAAGUGACGCGCUGCUGGUGAUGCGCUUGCGACGUGUGGGCGACUUGGGCUGCCGGCACAGCUAUCCUUGCUGUCCGUUCGACUGUCAGAUGCGUGUUGUCUGGUUUAAUUUCAAUAAACUGAGUACGGUCGGAAGGAGUUGCUGUUCAUGUCCUACAACCCUGCGUUUCUAGAACACAACCGUAACACCAAUACCUAAAACCCUACAACAAGCAGUGUCGAAUCACCUGGAAAAAGCUUUGAAUCCCGCAAGUCCAAUAUUAACUCCGGGGCAUUUUUCGAAAUGCAUUCAACAAGACGGUUGCAAGUCUGUUUGCAAGGCGGAUGGGACGGUCGCUGCCCUGACUGGCAUCACCGCCGGGCUCGCCGACAAAGGCUAGAUAGAGGCUGGUGGCGCAGGCGCGUCGUCCUCGCCUCGCCACAUCGCCACGGCCCAUUGCAGUGGCAAGCGAGGCGGUGAGGGAGGCGGCGUCCGAGCCUGCUCCGCGUCCACUCCAGCUAGUGCGUGCAGCCUCCCAGGCCCAUAUGUGCCCCGCCCCGCGCCGCGCACGCUUCCAGUCUUCCAGGCCGCCAGUCUGUUUUCAGAUCUGUCUCUGGACAGAAGUUGUAAGCAGGGAGAGAAAGGAUAAAAUUCGAGGUGCGGACGAUGACGAGGAGCUCGACCUCCCGCUGGGCGGGGGAAGUGUCGGGGUCGAGGCGAGUCCGGAAGCGGAACCGGUGGUGGGUCUGGAAGCGGCCCGACUGAACCGGAAGGAGCGCACGGCUUUCAGCCGGCAGCAGGUGCUGCAGCUCGAAGCGGAGUUCCAGGACUCCAACUACCUUUCCAGGCUCAGACGCUACGAGAUCGCCGUCGCCCUCGGACUCAGCGAGCGCCAGGUCAAGGUGUGGUUUCAAAACAGGCGUAUGAAGUGGAAGCGCACUAGGGUCACCUGCCCGCCCGCCCUGUCAGACGCGGACGAGCCCACGGACGCGCAUGUUCUCGCACAGGAGGUGCUUGCCGAGCGGAGGUGACGCGCUCCUCGCCUUAUAGAUGACCGUGUCGGAAGUCCGUGAGGCGCCCGCUCUGCUGCCGGUCGGCCCCCCGCCUCGCCGAGCCGUCGGUUGGGUUGCCUACCCUCGAGACCACAGGGCGCCUGCCUGUGAGCGUAGUGGCAGCUACUCGAGGCGACCCACUACGAGGACCGCCCAAGAGGAAAAUGUAACGUCAGUGGGAAGAACAAUAAAGACUGUGCCAUAUGUUUUCUACAACUU